GGCCCCGCUACGGCGACGAGGGGUGCUGACCGGGCACGCAUCCCGCCGGUCUGCGCUGGGAUGAUGCUGGAGCAGGACACCGGCCUCUCCUUGGCCAUCGCUCAGAUCGUGCAGCGGCUGAAGGGCUCCAGCCUCCAUUCCCAGCUGGAGCGGCAGGCCCGGGGUAGUCUACACAAACCAGAAAUUAAACUUGAAUCACUAAAGGAAGAUAUUAAGGAUUUUCUGAAGACCUCAGGAUGGGAAAAGAGGCUUCAGAAUGCUGUUUACAGUGAACUCAAUGUGUUCCCUUCACCCUGUCAUCCUGCAGCACCCCCUGAGCACAUGAAGGAACCCUUAGUUUACAUGAGGAAAGCACAGGGAAGCUGGGAGAAGCGAAUUCUGAAGAGUCUAAAUAGCAUGUGCACAGAACUCAGUAUCCCAUUAGCACGAAAGAGACCUAUAGGAGAGCAAAAAGAACUUCUUAAUAAAUGGAAUGAAAUGGGAACUGAUGAGCCAGAUCUAAGUCUCUUCCGACCUGUUUAUGCACCUAAAGAUUUUCUUGAGGUACUGAUGAAUCUUCGCAACCCAAAUUAUGAAAAUGGGGAUCAGCCUAGUUUCAGAAAUCACCUGGGUCUAAUUCAGGUUCCUCUAAAAGUUAAAGACAUCCCUGAACUGAAAGACUCUUUCAGUGAGCUAGGCUUGAAUACAGGACAGCUGGGUAUUGAUGACUCUACACAAGUGCCUCCAGAACUCUUUGAAAAUGAACAUGUACGUGUUGGGCAAACAGUUUUAACAGAACAAGAUAGUGCUGCAGCCCAACAGUAUGUCCGUCAGGGAUGCCCAACAGCACUCCGAGCUGAAUUGUGGGCACUCAUUCUGAAUAUUUCUAAUCAGCCUGAGGACAUUUUGUACUACGAACAGCUUAAGUCCAAUGUGAUUCAGCAUGAUCUUUUAGUGGACAGCCUGAUUUACAAAGAUGUAAAGCUGACAGCAAGCAAUGAUGACUACUAUUUUGUAUUUGAGGAUUAUUUAUAUCAGGUAUUACUCUGUUUUUCCCGAGAUACAUCAGUACUGGAGCACUUUUCUUACAAUAGUGCUACUCCACCCAAAUCAUACAUACGAGGAAAACUUGGCAUGGAAGAAUAUGCUGUUUUUUAUCCACCAAAUGCCAUGUCACCUAUGGGAAGUGAGAUGAUUUGGAAAAGAGAGGAAAACAGACAACACAACUGCCAAGAUGUCUACAUAUCUUUACUGGGUGUAAUUCCUUUUCAUGGCUUUUCAAUGUAUGUUGCUCCACUUUGUUUUCUGUACCAUGAACCUUCCAAAUUGUAUCAGAUAUUCCGUGAGAUGUAUGUGCGUUUUUUCUUCAGACUCCAUUCCAUCUCUUCUCAUCCUUCUGGCAUCGUGUCACUAUGUUUACUGUUUGAGACACUUCUUCAAACCCAUCUCCCUCAGCUCUUCUAUCAUCUUCGAGAAAUUGGGGCGCAACCACUACGAAUAUCAUUUAAAUGGAUGGUACGAGCAUUCUCUGGUUACUUAGCUACAGACCAACUUCUUCUUUUGUGGGACAGAAUCCUAGGAUACAAUUCUCUAGAAAUUCUCGCUGUCCUGGCAGCUGCUGUGUUUGCUUUCCGAGCAGUGAACCUGAUGGAGGUGACAUCACUGGCUGCAGCUGAAGCUGUACUUGCUGACCUUUCAACCCUGAAGGUUAUGCCUCUUCUUCAGAUCUUCCUGUUUGCCACUGUCACUUGAUCUGCUUCAAGGUCACUGACACCACACAUCCAGUCUUUCAUUAGAAACUAAUAAUGAACUAUGCAACGUCUGCAUAAAACCAAAUUAAACUGUAUGUAUAUGUCACUUACAGAUCAUGUUCUCUUUACAGUUAAAUGCAAGUUUUUCUACAUAUAAAAUAAUAACUUUACACACUAACCUGUGCAUUUGCAUGCUGCUGUAUUUCAACAUAACAGCAAUAGAUAUAACUGAUGAGGUAUGAGAAUCAUUA